AUGAAUAAUGUUAUUCAACGAAAAAUAAGAAGAGAACAAAACGAUUAUUCUAUAUUAUUAAAAACAUUUUUGGAAGACGUGAAUAAUAAUGAAAAGCAAAACUUAGCAAUAGAUUUCGAUGAAGAUGAAGAUCUGACUAAAAUCAUUGAGCAAUUCAUUUCUGAAGCAGCUGAUUGUAAUAAUAGCGGAUCAAAUGAUAUAUUUGAUAAUAUCGAGCAGCCUACUGAUUCUUCAGUUAACAAUGAACAAUAUUCGGCAAUGGUAUCAAAUAAUUCAGUUGCAAUGAUAACACUUGAUGUUCAUAAGCCAAUAUAUUUGAUGAAUCCAAUUUUGAAUAUAUUUCGUAUUCGUAGUAAAAACGAAUUUAUUCGCAAACAAGUUAGAGGACUUCCGAAAUUAAAAGAUUGCAUAGGCAAUUCACGGCUGAAUUUUAUGCCAGUUUCAGAAUUCACAAAUGCUCAAGUGGAAUGUACAAUAGUAUUUCAAAAUCCCAAUGGGGAAUUUUAUUUUCCUCCUUAUGAAUUUGUACGUGGUACUUAUCCAGAUUUAAAAUUUGAAAAUCCUACUAUUUAUGAUUUGGAAAAAGAUGCAAUUAUUAAUAAUCAAUAUUUUUCUUUAGAAAUAGUUAUUUGUAAAUUAAAAAAUAGUACACUCGAAUCUAAUGAUAAACAACAAAAUCAAGUAUAUCAAAUUCAGCGAGUUCGUUGUGGUACUAAAGUUACAGUCGAUCAUGAAUUAUUAUCAUCAUGGGGAAUAAAUGAUAAGAAAAAGAAAACAAAACAAGCAAUACUUACUAAAUUGCCUGAACUUCUCAAUUUAUACACAGCAUAUAUCAUAAUUCGUCGUACUCAUUGGCAUAAUGAUGAAAAACGAUUUGUACCAGAACAAGAUAUCUUGUUUUGUUCUAAUCCUUUUACACCAAAGGAUGCUGGACAUCCAGAGGAUCAAUAUGAUUAUAGUCCAAAUCAACUACAAAUUACGAAAUUGGAAAUUACGCAAGUAUCAUCGAAUCAAAAAGUUACUGAAUAUAAUACAGAAUUAUCAUUUAUUAUUCCAGAUAUGUAUAAAUGUACAGGUUUGAAAAAUAAAUAUGUAAAAAUUGAAAUAGUUACUGGCAGUGAACAGAAGCCAGAAAUUCAUUCGAAUUAUAAGAUUAUGAAUGGUCAAAGACCAAUUAAUUCAAAAUUAAUUCCUGUCGAUGAAUAUAUUUCUACUGUAAUGUUCAACAUUACCAGACGUACUGUCGAAGAUUGGGAAACAGAUUUUGUGUUAUAUGAGACUUUACCAGUUUCAUCUUCUAAUAGUUCAACGCUUCGAACGACAAUAAUGGAUAAUUCCAGUAUGAAUAGUUUUCGUAUACAAUUACAACUAUGUGAUUGCUCAAACGAUGAAUUUAUUCCAUAUCGACGAUCAAAUGUACUAUCUGCUCUAGUGAUUGAUGACUUUACUUCUUCUAAAGAAGAUAGUAUUUCUUCAUUAUUGAAAAAUGACAAUUUAAUAGAUGACAAUGUGGAUCAGUUAUCAACACAUGAAAAACGAUCAUUAGAGAAGGAAGCUUAUGAACGGACGGGUUCACCAUUACCAAAAAUCAGCGCUGUCGCCAACAGUACAAAAAAAGUUACAAUAAAUUCAGGUGCCGGUCAAUGCAUCAACUUACACCUCUCUAAAGAUCUUUGA